AUGUCCGAGUCUUCGGCCUACCCGUACCCGUACUCGCAGGCCGCCGAGCUAGACCCGCGCAUUACAAUCCCCAGGCCGCCUAUCGACCCUAAGCUAGCACCCAUCAUCGACUCAGUCAUCCUACCAGAAGAGUUGGAAAUCUCUUUCCUCCGUGGUCUAGAUGUUGGGGGAAGUCCAGAGCCAAUCCUGAACGCCAAUCCGCACCUGACGCAUACUCACCAUGUCAUCACUAGCCCUAGUGGUCACAGCAUUGCCUUAUCCAUUUUCGCACCACUGGCUUCGUCUAGCGCGCUACCAGCCUUGUUUUACAUCCAUGGAGGCGGUAUGAUCUCAGGCGAUCGCUUCAGCGCCGUCGCACAACUAAUAGAUGUCGUCCAAGACAUACCGUGCAUCGUCGUCUCAGUCGAAUACCGGCUUGCGCCCGAGACGCCCGCACCAGGAGGAGCUGAAGACUGCUAUGAAGCACUCGUCUGGCUCUCCACAAACGCCAUGAGCCUAGGCAUCGAUCCUGCAGCUAUAGUCGUCUGCGGGUCCUCUGGGGGUGCCCCUCUCGCUGCCUCCGCCUGCCUCUUAGCCCGCGAUAGGAAAGUUCCUAUUGUGCCUAUCAAGGCGCAGAUGUUACUCUCGCCUAUGCUAGAUGAUCGAUGCAACAGCGUCUCGGACGCACAAUUCGAAUACGGCGUGCCAUGGAACGGCAUCACAAACCGCGCGGCCUGGAACCACGCCCUUGCAGGUCAGCGCGGCACCAGUACAGUCACCAUGUACCAAGCGCCCUCCCGAGCUACAGAUCUGACCAACUUACCUCAGGCUUACAUCGACGCGGCUGAAUGCGAGGUCUUCCGUGAUCCGGCUGUCGCAUAUGCGUUGAAUAUGUGGCGGUGCGGAAGCUCAUGCGAGUUACAUGUUUGGCCAGGUGGAACGCAUUUGUUCGAUGCUGUUGAUAACCCUGGGGUGCCUGUUGUUGGAGCUGCAAUUGCGGCGAAAAAGGGUUGGUUGAGCAGGAUGCUGGUUAUUCUUAGGACUGAUGGGGGCACGGCAUGA